UACAAAAACUUCAAUUAAAACUAGAUACAUUCCUCAUAACUCAACAUUUGUAUCAUAAUGGAGAGAGUAACAAAGAUGGUUUCAGAGAGGCCAGUUGUAAUAUUCAGCAAGAGUUCAUGUUGCAUGAGUCAUACCAUAAAGACACUUUUUUGUGACUUUGGUGUGAAUCCAGCAGUUUAUGAACUUGAUGAGAUAUCAAGAGGGAGAGAGAUUGAACAAGCACUUUCAAGACUUGGUUCUUCUCCAUCUGUUCCAACUGUUUUCAUUGGUGGUGAGCUUAUUGGUGGAGCCAAUCAAGUCAUGAGUCUUCAUCUUAACCGCACUUUGAUUCCAAUGCUUAAAAAAGCUGGAGCUCUUUGGGUUUAGUCUCAUUAACAUAUAGGCACACACUCACUGAAUAAAUCAAUUACCUGUUUUGGUUAUGUGGUAAUUGUGAGAUAAUAUAUAUGAUGAGUUUAAUAAUAUUAUAGAGCUUAUGGUACUAGGUAAUAAUAAGUCUGAGUUACUUGAUGUAACUAGGUGCAGUUUAAUGCAAUUAUUUCCUACUGCUAUAGCAAGGGGAUCCAAGUCAUCUGUUUAGCCUUCUUUUUUUGGGCUAAAUGUAAUGUUUUUGAUGUAAUGUUAUCUUUUGAUAAUUAUGGUAA